CUCAAAACAUGAACGUAAUGGUCUAAUAAUUCCCGUGUGGUUUCAGGGCGUUUCUGGCCACUUUAACACCGCCCACUAACUUCCAGGUCAGCUGUGUUGUUAACUUGUUAGCUCUUUUCCUUCUCUUUUGCCACAAAUAUCACCUCCACAUGUCAAUCUCAGACUACGAGGCUUCUGUAUGAGGCAAGCAAGUGUACUUUUGACUUGUCUUGCCUCUCCCUCUGCAAUCCCUUGGAGGAUAACUGGUUCCAUCGAACAGCACAGAGGGAUCCACAUUGUCCAGUUUGGUGUCUUCCAUCUGCACGACCCAGCAUGUCAGAAGAUUUUCUACAGCGACUCGGCACCUUGAUCGCAAGCGCAAAGCACAUCGUCCAACUUCCCCGAUUUUCCAACCUGUUGUCUCCCUCCCUGCCGCUGCCCCGACCCACCGUGGUUUCCUCUCAAGUCCCCAGCUUGUUUCGGGAACCUUACAUCUUGUCUGGGUACCGUCCUGUCUACCAGAAGUGGCACUGUUACCUCUUCAGCCUCUUCCAGAGACACAACGAAUCCCUCAAUGUGUGGACACACUUGCUAGCGGCCUUUGUGCUUCUACGCUGCUGGUGGGCUAACACAGGCGCCGUAGCGUACACCUUAACAUUAGCCUCACUGCCUUUAUGCCUCUUUUUUGUGUCUUCGCUUAUGUAUUUGUUCCUCAGUGCUGCAGCCCACCUCUUUCAGUCUCACUCUGAGCACGCGCAUUACUUCUUGUUUUUCAUGGACUAUGUGGGUGUGGCUGUUUAUCAGUACGGAUGCUCCCUUGGACAUUAUUUUUACGCGUCCGAGCCAGCGUGGAGAAGCAGCUGCUUUGGCUCUCUGUUCCUGCCUGGAGCUGCUUUUUUAGGGUGGCUGUCCUGCGCUGGCUGCUGUUUCGCAAAAUCCAGAUAUCGGCGGCCGUAUCCAGUGGGUCGUAAAAUCUGUCAGCUGAUCCCCACCACACUAGCUUAUCUGCUGGACAUUAGUCCUGUAAUACACAGGCUGUCAACUGCAACCUGGACUCAGGACCCCGCGCUGCCCUUCUACGCCCUUCAGAUCGUCUCAUUCCUUUUGAGCGCCAUUUUCUUCUCCUGUCCGAUACCUGAGCGCUUUUUUCCAGGCCGGUGUGACUUUCUGGGCCAAGGACACCAGAUUUUUCACCUAUUUUUGUCUCUGUGCACACUGUUUCAACUGGAAGCUUUCUUCCAUGACUAUGUUAGGCGGAGGGAUACCAUAGUGGAGACAUUUGGUGAGAGCCAGUUGUGGUGUGCCACUAUAUCUUUCCCCACCCUGUUCUUGUGCUGCAUUUUGACAGCACUUUUAACAAUGAGGCACAAACACAAACAACUGCAAGGUGAAAAUAAGAGAGACAAUUAAGAAAUGUGUGUCAGAGAAAGAAAAAUGUACAAAAACAAACUGCAAAGAAAUGCAACGUCAACGUUACGGGAAAAGACAACACAUAAUAUAGUGAAAAAGUAGUUGUUUAAAGUGUUUAAAUAUGAAAAUGGUAAAUUUCCUAGACCUGUGAUAAUGAAGAAAAAUAAUGUUUUAAACACAAAACUGACACCACUUAGGGGCACAUUCAUUUUGUGAUUUCCGUUUUACCCACGCACAUACACACAGACUGAUUUGAGCACAAGUGCACAUGAUAAUGGGCAUUGAUGCCAUAACGGGGAAGGGCAGAUUAUUUAGGAUGCUCACAUUUGAUUGCUGGAAAUAGUACCACCCAUGUUGAGUGGCCACUUCCUGGAAACACUGGCUUUUAUUUACGUAUUUCUCCACUUUUACACAACAACAAAUUGAAAUUUAUCAAACAAGAUUCUGUCUGCUGGGAUGGACAUAAUAAAGGUGUUGUCUUCUUCCACUUUAAGUAUUACAAAAGAGAGGUCCAGACUUGUAAAGGUUCAUUUGAAAUACGCAAAAUGUUUCACAACUGAUUCAAACUAGAAAUAUUUGGCACAUUAUAGUCCAGGAAUCCUCCCUAAGGUUUCUCUCAAUGAAUCAUCGCUGCUGCUACUGCUGCCGUAACAAACAAACUUUGUUGCUGUCUUUUUGCCAUGUUUCAAAAUACAUUGAAACUAAUUCAUCUGUUUUCAAUACAUGUCCUGUUUUAAACAGAAAAUCUUUUUUGAUUGCACACAAAUGCAUACAUGGGCCUCAAUUGUGUUCAAUGUCUGUAAAUGUGGUACAUGUUAUUGUUGGAAAAUAAAAAUUAAAAAAAUGCGGUCAUAGCAGCACAGUGCGGCAUUAGUUAGCACAUUUGCCACAUAGUUAUGAGCAGAGGUGGGUUUGGUAGCCAAAAGUUUUACUCAAGUAACAGUAGCGUUACUUCAAAAUAAUUUUGCAAAAGUAAAGGUAGCCUUCAAAAAAAUGUACUCAAGUAAAAGUAAAAAAUCAUUUGGUGAAACGAAUACUCAAGUAAUGUGUAACAUUGUAACUGCUUAAGAUGUUCGAUUUUUUUUUUUUUUUUCUUCUUCUAAAAAAUUGUAUUUUUUUUUCUCAGCACAACGUUAUCUGUAUGAACUGUUAUUAUUAUGAAUUCAUUUUCUGGCAGUUACAUUAUCCUGUACCAUAGACUUGACUAUCAGUUGAUGGGACUCGGGGCCAAUCUUCAAAAAUUUAAAGUUCAAACAUUUUCAAAACCAAAACAGGCAUCUCCCUUAGGCAUACAGUGGGGCAAAUAAACAAGCAAGAUUUCUGGCUGUCAAAGAGGUCUAACUUCUUCUAACGAGGCUCCACUCGUUCCCUGUAUUAAUGGCACCUGUUUUAACUCAUUAUCGGUAUAAAAGACACCUGUCCACAAACUCAGUCAGUGACACUCCAAACUCCACUAUGGCAAAGACCAAAGAGCUGUCGAAGGACACCAGAGAUAAAAUUGUAGACCUGCACCAGGCUGGGAAGAUUGGAUCUGCAAUAGGUAAAACGCUUGGUGUGAAGAAAUCAACUGUGGGAGCAAUUAUUAGAAAAUGGAAGACAUAUAAGACCACUGAUAAUCUCCCUCCAUCUGGGGCUCCAUACAAGAGUUCACCCCGUGGUGUCAAAAUGAAAACGAGAAGCUGAGCAAA